AGCGCUUGUGGAGUGCUUAAUUUUCAAUUAAGCCGACAAAAUUCCAAAGUUUUUGUCUUUUUUAGUAGAAAACUGUACUCCAUGGAUCUCAAGGAUGGGUAAUAUUGCUGCUUCCCAAUAGCAAGUAAGUCUCCGUUAUGUCUCACGGAAAUUAUUUUAUGCCUGAAUAACCGAUAACGUCAAGAAGCAGAUGAAACAUUCCAAGCAGGUUAGUAAGGUACACAUGAAUUCCCAGAAAUGUUCCUUAUCAUCAAUAACAUUAAUCAGUCAUGACCAUUCUAUGAACCAUUCCGAGAAACUAACACGAGCAUGUUUACAUGAAACUACAUGAUUAUGCCCUCAACGCACCUCUAUUUUCUCUGUACUUCCUUUUCGGGGACUGGCUUUAUCUCUAGGUUACUUUCGAGGCUGCCUUCACGCCAAUCGCUUUGUUGAAAAAUCUAUUUGGAUACUUUGUAUUUGGAUUAAAGUAAACAUGAGUCCUCUUUAAUUGCACGUUUUGAAGCUUCGAACAUUGGUUUCAGACUGACACAACUUCAGAUAAGUGACAUCUACGUGUGCCUUAUAUAAUAAUGUCUCACCCCUGAAAUAUAUAUCGAAAAAAUUCGAACACACCAACCUGUUUCUACUUCCAAACUGACUACGUCACUUGGGUUCCAUAACAGGUCUACAUCACAGUCCCUUAUAUCCCUCAUAUUCCUUGGCUUUUCUAACUCUAGAUUCAGAGUUGCAAGCCUUUACCAAGCCAACAAGAAGAGGCUUUGCUGAAUUCAUCUAUAAAGUGGCAAAGCACCCUGAUAGUUAGCCAAUAUUUUUCCGUAGUGAUUUAUUGCAGAUUUCAGUUAGAUUUUUGGCAGUUUCUCAGUUAGCAGUAAACUAGGUUCAGCACCCUUUUCAGCUAUCGUGAUUUUUGUUUUGUAUCUAAAAUCUGAUUCAUAUUAUGUGUAAAAAGUUCCAUUUCUCAGCUGACACUAACAAGAUUUUAUUGAAUAUUUCUCGUCUAUCAGUUAAACUAAUGCAUAGUCUCAUAAAAACAAUUUUUUUAAAGAAAUGGAAAGCGAAAAGAGUAUGUCAUAAAUAAUGACGAUUCAUAAACAAGCUAAUUAUAUGUGGUCCAAUUUACGAGUGACAACUUUCAUAUGUAUGUUGGUAAGCAUGAAAAAUUCUCAAAUUUUCUAAAAGAUAAAAGGAUUGUAUUUCUUGGAUCUAAGGAUGGGUAUUCCAGUUGCUCCCUAAGUGAGUCUGAGCUAAUGUAUAUGUACAUGAUAAUUGAUAAUUAUGGACCCAAAUCAAUUCUUCCAUCAAUUUCUAAAAUACUCAAGAAAGUAGUAUAUAGGCAAUUAAUGGCUCAUCUGAAUUGGAAUGGCAUGCACUCUCAGUUUCAGUAUGGCCUCCUUCGUAAUCGCUCUACAGAAUUAGUAGUAACUCACUUUACUGAUGGCAUCAGAAAACAAGCUGGAAAUGGAAAUUUGACAGGCUGUGAAUUUAUUGAUUUGUCUGGAAUGGUUCACUGAUUACCUUUCUUGUAGAUCACAGGCUGUUCAGUAUAGAGUUGUGUUAUCAAAAGCCCAACCAGUAUUUAGUGGUGUACCUCAGGGGAGUAUUUUGGUCCAUGUUUUAUUCAUAAUUCAUUUCAACAAUGGGUACAUGCCAGUUGCAGUUUUCAAUGAGAUAACCACCUUUAGUAAAAUCCAACGAGUGGUCUAUUAUCAAUGCUGCGUUCUGAUUGGUUGAGCUACUUCUAGGCUAUAUGUUAUAGCCCACUAGUUGCGAAAAGUGCUAGAUUUUUGGCGGCAAAAAAGGAUUGAAGUCUUGCUUUAAGUUGUUUUGUCUCUAUAUUUUUGACCAACUUGUUGGAUUUUGCUAAAACAAUUAUUCCUCUCGCCCUCAUGGCCUCUGAGUCAAUAGCCCAUUCAGCCUUCGGCCUCAUGGGCUAUUGAAUCAGAGCCCAUUCGGGCUCGAGGAAUAAUUGUUAAAUGCAGACGACUUUGAAAUUUAUACUUCAGCUAAAGACAUUGAUCCAAAGAAACCUAAGUGAAGACAUUAACAAUUUAUGUCACUGGUUCGAAGAAAAUGAACUGAUCAUCAACCUCAAAAAAGGAAAGACUGAGACUAUCCUUUUCGGGACUUCAAAAAGAAUCAACCUUCAAUGAAACGAAGUUAACAUCUCCGUUAAAGGGACUUGCAUCAACAAUACCCUUUUCCUAUAAGUACCUGGGCGUUGACCUAGACCCAAAUCUGAGCCUUACAUCAUAUUUUGAUAAAACUUACAAGAGAGCAGCAGGAAGAGUUAACCUUUUAAGAUCAAUUCGCCCGUCUGUCGAUCAAAAAUGCGCUGAAACAAUCUACAACACUAUGAUUCUACCAAUUUUCACAUACUGCACAUCACUUGGUCUUGGUCAGACACCCGAAAAAGUCUGAUAAAGAAUAUGGAACAACGAAGUUUAAGAAUAUGGCAACAGUAGCCUGAAACUUCCAUCAGUUAAAAACAAUUAAGCUCAAAAGCGGUUAACUGGUCUUUGAAUGUCUUCAACAUAAUUUUUGCUCUCCCUUUAAGUCGUAUUUUGAAAGACUGUAUCAUUCAAAGUCUACAAGAAACAAUGGUUUUUCAGAAAAAUUGCCUAAAGUUCGCCUCGAAUUUGUGGAAAAGGGUUUUUACUAUCAAGGAGCCAAGAUUUUUAAUGAACUCCCAGGUGGAGUUCGAUCCUUAACUUCCAGAAGUUUGUUUAAGAAUUGAAAGCACUGAAAUCACAUUUUAGUUAAUCUAUGAAACGUUCAUCGUUUUAACCACAGUAUAGUUAUAGUCUUUUAGCAUUUUAUCCUAUAGUCAUAGCUUUGUAUCGUAUCGUAUUUUUAUCUUUUUUAUCUUUUACUUGUUUAUUUAUUCAGAUAUUUUUUACAGGAUCCCAUUGACAACAGUGUUUUAAUACACUGAUGGGUAUUUUAUCCUGAUAAAAUAUUCGCUAUUAUUAUUAUUAGUAUUAUUAUUACUAUUCUGUCUAAUGGAAAUAAUAUCUUCCACUCAGGUAGUUGAAAUAUUUAGCACGUCUACGUACACUGUAGGUAGAUAGGAAUUCCUAGAAAGAUUCCUUGAUUGUGGAUGGAAAUUAGCCAGUCUUCAGGUCUAUCUUUAUCAAAGUUUCUCUAACGAGUCGAACUAGUAAAGCCAUACAGCCUCCCACCUUUGUAUUUGGAAUAACCUGAAGAGGGGUUUUCUUUCUGAAACAAUGUCUAGAGGUCUUGAACACUCAGGCGUACACUAACAUCUUGAGUAAGCAAUAUACAAUGAUGAACUAAGUCCGAUUUCCUGAGGAUUUCACUCCACUUUCCAGUCAUGCUUACUCGAUAAACUCAGAUUCGGAUAACUCGAAUUACCCGCUAACUCGAAGUAAAUUUCCUGCUAAAAAAAGACAACUUAAAUUUGCACUGUACUAUACAAUGAAGUGCUGAAAAAUCUGCAUUUAUUUCACAAUCCAUGAAUGAGGCUGAGUAUCUUAUGAAGAAUUAUGGAGAUCGAGGAGGGUGUUAUCCGUCGAGGCCUCUGAGUUAUUAUUUCGCCUAGUUCUUACUCUUGAAACGAGUGAAAUGUCCGCCAUUUUUUGUUUUCACUACCAAAACAACUCAAAGUCGUCCCCAGGUCUUCUCGGUUAACGGUGCAUUAACUUGCAAGAAAGCUGCACUUUUAACGUCAUCAGUUCAUUAAACGCCAAAUUCUUCCAUAUUUGGUCAUCAGUAGCUGGUUAUGGUGAAUUAUGCGUGUGCUUUUAGCCAAACAGAAUCGGGGAAAUAUUUUGAAUGAAUAACAAUAUAAUAAUAAUAAUCGAAACCCCUAAAUUAAAACAGCUCACGUCAAAAACUUGUAAAAAUAUAAAAUUAAAACAGUCAAAGUCAAAAACUUCUAAAAAUAUAAAAUUAAAACAGUCAAUCUUAAAUGCAAUAAGUUCAUAACCAAGUUAAGCCUCAGAAUGGCAGAAAUCGCAAUUCCAAGGACUUAAAAAAUUUCAAAAAUUUCCGGGGGAGAAUGUCCCAGACCCCCCCCUACAGGGGGUUCGGCGGCUCCCUUUCUUCGAACCCCCUCUGAUAAAAACCUGGAUCUGCCCCAGAUUGUGCUCUGACAUAAUGCAGGUUCUUCUAGGUUCAUAUACUGCUUGUUGGAAAACGUGCUAUUGUUAAACAUUCAAAAGGCCGCCGCAGAGUUUUGCUUGACAGUUGAAAACUCAAAAGUUUCAUUUGAUCUCAUUUAAAGAAAGAGAAAAGGAGGGAGGGGUGGAGUAGAGCAUCUUAAAACCUCCACUGGGUAAUUGUAAAUGAAUUAUUCAUCGGUCAAUAGGUUUUCUUUCUAUAUUUACUUAUUCUAGAGGAUUGAGGUCGCAGCUCUGAAUAAUAUCCGGAAACCAUCAGUGUCGAUCGCCAAACUUUUCCAAUUUUGUACUUAUUCUCCAAUGGGUGUUAGUGUGCUUUCAAUGAAGCACUUCACAUGAUCGACUCUCGGUCACUGUUCUUAAUUUUUUAAGGUCUCAUAACUUAUCCCGAUACCUGGAAGAUUCUUUAAUUGGCCAAGUCAGACAGGACAGCGAUUUAUUGUUCCCUUGUGAUCAUUCGAUCUAGCUGAUCGUUCUUAUUAAUAGUUGGGUGAGAUAUUUCAGCUAGGUCUCCGCAUAUAGGCAUAUCAAAUUUCAAUGGCGAAUCCAAAUGAUGAGUAUAUGUGUUAUGAUUUUAGCAUUUCAUUGCUCUUGCACGUACUUUUUUCUUUUAUUAACAUCACAAAGGCAUUAGAAGGCAUUAGGGCAGACUUGGUUGAAGGAAGGUCUAUGUGGACAGUUUGACUUUCUUCAGAGUCCGGUCCGUUGUACUCAUUCAUAGUCGAUACCAGUCUCUUUUUCUCUUUUUUGUUUAUUUUGAAAAUGUAUUUACGAAACAUCAAAGCUUCGCCAAAUUCCGGCCUUUCUAAAUUUUGCGUCGCACAAACGAUGUAAGCGACGGUUGGAAAAGUCAAUUUGUCACAACCUCCAGUUCCCAGAAAAUCACCGGAAGGGGCACUACUUGAAAUUGGAUUUCUUAGAAACCUCUGUUAUCUAACCUAUUUAAUGAUCGAUCACAUUAAUUUACCUACCUAUAUCGUUUAUUUGUUAGCUAUUAUUUAUGAUUAUUUACUUGUACUUUCCCAAAUUACAGUGCGAUAAAAACUGGAAUGUGUUUUAGGCGUUAUGGAGUGUCCGCCUGGCCGAAGAGUUCGUAGACCUAAGAAAAAACAAAAGCAAGUUGAACAGUCGCCCUUGAGUGAUGUUACACAAGGUCAUGAGCCACCAUCGGAUUUCAAAUCCGGGCGAUCUGAGAGAUGUGAAAGAACGCUAGAACAAGCAUCAGAGACAAAGAAAAGUGAAAAAGCCAAACUUCAAACCAAGCGAUUUUCCCAAGGGAGAAAACGACCAGAAGGCUCUGGCGAUUCUUUAGAUGUUGUUAGUAGCGAAACCGUGGGAACAGAACGGUAUGAUACAAGAGAGGAAACAAGGAGCAAAAGUGCUGCCUCUAUUGAAAAAGAGGACUCACGUCCAUUGUCACGGGAGGAUAGUGUGUUAUUCAAUGAAAAUACAAAUGAAAAGGGGACAAGAUACCAAGGACAUACACCUCGGAAAAAUAGUUCUAAAAGUAAGGCGAAAAAAAAUGUGACCGUAGAAAAAGACGAGGAAAAGGAAGGAGAAGCAGUUAAAAACGGAGGAAAAAGCAGAGGAAAGGUUACAAAAGACGGACAAAAAUGUCAGCACAAAAAAAAUGAAGCAGAGAAAGGUAGUGUGAUUGUAGCCGACAGAAGUGACGCUACAUUACCACAACAUUUUCGGCAGGAUCAGGGUGCAACUGGAAGAGAUAGUGAGUGCCAAAAUGGAGAUUCAAAACAAGGACACGCAGGUGUCACUAAAAGAAAUGGCGCAAAGGAACACGUUAUCAGUGAAAAGACCUUGCCUGAUAAUGGCUUGACAAUGGCUAAAAGUAAGGCGAAAAAAGAUGUGACCAUAAAAAAAGACGAAUUAAAGGAAGGACAAACAGUAAGAAGCGGAGGAAAAAGCAGGGAAGAGGGUACAAAAAACGGACAAAAAUGUCUGCACCAAAAACAUGAAAAAGAGAAACGUAGUGUGACUCUAGCCGACAGAAGUGACACUACAUUACCACAACAUUUUUGGCAGGAUCAGGGUACAACUAAACGAGAUAGUCAGUGCCAAAGUGGAGCUACAAAACAAGGACACGCAGGCGUCACUAAAAGAAAUGGCCGAAAGGAACAUAUUAUCAGUGAAAACAGUGAGAAGACCUUGCUUGAAAAUGGUUCAGAGGGUAGCGGUGGGUUAGGGACGGAAAGCACCAGUAAACCCGAGGACGUCAAGCGAAGAAGAAGAAGGAGCCGUGCACGGAAGAAAAAGGUUGUUGGCGAAAGCGAUGACAAGGCCAUGUCACAAAAUAACCUGCGAGACACUGCGGCAGAAAGAGAAAGUGAAAGUCCAGAAAUUACCCCGGACCUGAAAAACAAAAAUGAGACCACCAACAAUGAUGGCGUCAGUAGCAGUGUCAUCAUCUUAUCCCACAAUGUCGAGCUGAAUGGUGUCAAUGAACAAGAAGCCGAUAAAAAAGGGGAGACGGCAAAAAGAAGAGGAAAACCAAUAAAAGGGCAGAAGGCAACCGAAAAUGUUGUCGGCGUUAGCCAAAGGGAGGCGUUGUCAAAAAAGAGCCAACGAGAUACUUUGAAAGGGAAAGAAAGUGAAAGAAAACAAGAAGACUCAACACGAAAGAAAUCACCAUCAAAAAGUGCUGGCCGGGAAACAGAAGAGGUUUCUUUCCAAAGCACAGACAGGACCUUGGAAAUCGUACCAGAUGUUGACGAAAACACAAACAAGACUUUGUCUUCAACUUGUCUGCAGUCCGAUGUAACAGCAUUUGGGAUGGUCAAACAAACAAAUAAAAGUGUCAACGACGAAUGCGACGACAACAACAUAUUGCAUUUGCCUCAAGAAUACAGUGACAGGCGGCCAGAAAAUGAAAGUGAAAAAAAGUCAAAAAGAAUAAGACGUAGACGCCGAAAAACAAGAAGUAAAGCUGAGAAAUAUUCAGCCAUGGACGGCCCUGACAACACAUUGCCACAGAAUGGUCGAAACGACUGCGCAGUUGAACAAGAAAGCAAGAGCAGAUAUGUUAAGGACGGAAAGCCAGGCCAUCAGAAUGAAAUUGAACGGAAGAAAAGUGAAGAGAUUGACAGUAACAAUAAUAUUCUGCCACAAGAAAUUUUGAAAGACGAACUGACGAGAACAGACCACAGUGGCCAAAGAGAGGAAAAUGAUUUGUUAAGAGGCGAAGAAACAUCUUUACAAAAAGGUGUGCAAGAUGGAGCAGCACAACUGCAAGCCAGACAAAGCAGUACUGGUUGUCGUAAAGUUUUGUCAGAAAAGAAAGGAAAGAAAAAUGUCAAAAAAUCGGUGUGCAAAUCUCUUCCGAUCGACGCCAUGAAAGAUCUUCUGAAUAGCAGUCCCGAAGAAGUCGUCGAUAGACUGACUUCAGAACAAUUUUCUCUGUUUGGUAUACAACCCAACAUGACAAACGAAGCCGUUAUUGUUGUAAUGAGCCUUGUUUCAAAAGCCUGCUCUUGUGAUUCUCAAGCUGGUUUGCCACAACUGCUUAGUGCUCUGAAAAACUCUUGUUUUUUUACGCAAAAGGUUGGAGCCAUGUUAGACGAAUUAGUUGCCAAGAGGUCGAGACUAAAUAUGCAAACUGAUGGGGAUAGUUUGGAUACAGCCAGUCAGCUUGUGAAGCUUCUGGCAGACGUUUUUGGCAGAUUUCAUACCCUUUGCUCAAGUGCACUAUUAAUAAAGCUCCAAAGAGCGACGAAUCGUCUUAUGGAGUGUGGGAAGCUCUUGGAGAAAGACGUAGUUCCAACUUUACAAAAUUUAAGAAGACUGAAAAAGGAAGAUGAAAUCCGACGUAAACAACCAACAAUGGCAACAACAGUUGGUAAGGUUUUAAAUUCAUCCCUUGAAAGCGUGUAAUUGUUAAAUCAGGGUAAUUCCUGUUGAUGCCGCGUAAGGUUUGGCCAAACUUACCUAAACCAUAACGGAAAGUUUCAUAUUUGAAUGAAGACGGUACAGAGCGUUGGCCAGUUUAAUGCCUCCAGACACGGUCAAUCAAUGAAUAUUUCCCUUUAAACCGAUGUUAAAACUUUGAUUAUCAAUCCAUGAUAAUUAGGUCUUAAAAUGUGUACAACCACAUUAUUCUUUUUUACAAUCAUUGCAGAUAACAGAAGAAAUCCAACUGACAAUUUUCGUCAUUUGAGCGUUAUUCCUACCUUGGGUGAUAUUUCCACUGACCAAAGUGGCUCUCUAAGAAAGAACAAGAUAAAGGGUAGAUACCAUGAUAUCGAGCAUUAUUUAGACGUCCAAUUUCGGCUUCUUCGCGAGGACUUCUUGAGGCCUUUGCGUGACGGGAUCAAACAUUAUAGGGAGCACAACAAUAGCAGAUAUCGAAAUGAUUUCAAUCAGGAUGUCAGGAUCUACUACAAUGUGAAGAUACUGCGUCCAAUAUGUACAUCCAGUGGAGUAAGAUACAAAAUCAGGUUUGAUAAUCGAAAGUUUGUUGAUGUACAGUGGGAAAACAGCAAGAGAUUGAUCUUUGGAUCCCUUCUUUGUUUGUCCAAGGACAAUUUUGAGAAUUUUGUUUUUGCCACUGUCGCUGAAAGAAAUGUUAAAGAAGUUGAGAAGGUAAGCAGUAAAUUUACCUCUAAACUAUGGGGCGGGUAUCAGCCAAUACACCCCGUCCAUGUUGAUAUUUGCCCUACUAUUUUUCAGUUGCAAGAAAGCAUGACAAAGUCAACUAUGUGAGUCCUCUUUCAGUUUUUCAUCUUCACUUCUUAAUAAUGUCAAAUGGAAACAGUAAAAACAAACUUGUUUUGGAUAAUCCAGUUACACUAAAAUUUUGAGCUAGUCGCAACUGGCAGUUCCGGACAAUGCAAAGAAAGCUAUAGUAAAAUAUGCUUCGAAGAUGAUCAAAAUUUACGAAUUAAUAUUAAUGCAUUCCUACAGAUACUUGAAUACAGUUUUCUAGUUAGUCAUAGCUAUCGGCUAUGGAAAAGAAUACUACGAACUGUUUAAAAUAAGCCAUUUUUGUGUUACAGCAUAGAGAAAAGAGAGAAAAAGCACAACGGGUCAUGGAAACGAUUUAAAAUUGAUCGAGUCGUACAGUGCACCACCCGCUAUAACGCAACACUUCUUACAGCUGAGCCUCAUUACUUCUUCUACGUUUUUUUCUGUGACUUACUCAGAUUCCACCACCGACAGCAAGAAAACCAGGUUAGGCCAACAGUCCACCAAUGUAUAUCUUUCAACGGCUCUAGAUUUAUCAGAUUCCGCGUUUCAUAGUUGUAUUAAAUCACUUUUCAAGCCUUCGUAGCGGCAGUUAAUGAUAUGGUUGGAUUCUAUUAACUUAUCCGUCAGAAACGUUUUGUUAAUAGUUUUCGAACAUUGCUGUCGCUAAAACAUACACUAAAAGCGCCGUGUUUUCGAGUUUUGAUCUAUAGGGCGUUGUGAGAGUUCAUUUGAAAUGACAGCCUUUCAAGCCCUGGUCCAUUCACAGUUUAAAUAAAAAAAUCAGCCAAUCAAUGAUUUUAUUUGCCUCAUUUGCUCGCGUGCACAAAACUUGUUUUUGUUUCUCUCCCAACAUGUCAGAGAUAUAGAAAAAUUAAUCGGAGGAUUAUAACCCCUUUCUGGCUUGCUGGUAAAUCGGAGGAUGAUGCCCUUGGCUGAGAGAUUGUCCUCAAAAUUUCACAUUUGCCCUCGCAGCUUCGCUUCUCGGGCAAAUUUUUAUUGUUCGGACAAUCUCUCCGCCGCGGGCAUUAUCCUCCGAUAUAUACCAGCCGCCGGAAGUGGGUUUAUUUACUAAUUAUACCAUGCUCUCCAAAUAUAGUAACUGUACGCGUCUGCUCAAAAUUUAAAACAAGCUGAAAAUCGGUUGUUUUACAAAUAAGGUCGGGAAGAAUUCUCGAUAUUUUGUGGGCGUUUUAAAUGAAACUAUUCCAAACGCCUGCGUGGGAGGCUAGUUGGACAUGAGAUGAUUAUAGCCAAGUCGGUGCUACGCGCCAAGUUGGCUCCAUACCAUCUCAUAUUCAACGCGCACUCGUAGAAUAAUUGUUAAAUAUAUAUAUAUAUAUAUAUAUAUAAUAUAUAUAUAUUUUAUUCAAUUUAAGAUACAUGUAGUUCCUUCUUAUUUAUUUACAGUUUAGUAUUUGAUAAAAAUUAAUGGAUUUAUAGUAGUUUAACAUCGAAAGGGUUACCAUUUUUCUCCAGGCACAGUUGUAGUUCUCACACAGGCACCACUGCAACCUCAUGUCAGAUCAACAAUGUAAUUGCAUACUAUGACCUCUCAAGUUUUAUUUGCCAUAUACUAGAUUCCGAACGAGUAUCAGUCGAAACGAUUACAAUUAAAGGCGUUUCUUCCACCAACGCUCAUUUCUGUGAAUGUGAUGACGCUUUCUGUAGUUUUACCAGUUUUACAAUUACAACUGCAUUUUUCUUAUUUAAGGGGCUGAUUGAAAUACGUUUUGUGUCAUCAUCGAGUGACGCUCGACCCAGGGCAGGAGAUGUGUGUCAAAUGGUCGAGUCUAUAGCUUUCUUUGGGGCUUACCGCCCAGUGCUGGAAGGAUUGCAAAUGAUGUCUUUCGAGGAAUUUCCUUUUAAGGUACAGUCUCCCGAAACGCUUUCGUACAUGUAAUAACGCCAUGCAGUGUUACAAUGAAGAAAACUUGGCGGGGAAUGAUUUCAAAAUAAUAUGCCCUUUCCUUCUAAAACAGUUUUUUAAGCAGCAAUAUUUAAUAUCGAGACUAGGGUUCACUAAAUAUGCCUCGGAUAUACCGCAAAUCUCGUUUACGAGGGCGUUUCACAUGUUCCUCGUGUUUGUGUUUCUUUGGCCUCCUCCGUAAAUAUGGGGUUAUUUUUUUUCAGAAGGACCCAUUUUCUUUCGGGUUCCGCUUCCUACAAAAUAUCAUCGUGGACUAAUUACUCCUUCGACUAAUUAUGGCGCUAAAUUUCCAGGCAACUGCUGUUAUGGCAAUGUUCCGUAUUUCUCAGUGCCAAGAUAGCGUUCAAGUAAGGAGAAGUUACAACUGUAGAUGUUAAGGUGGAACGCUUUAAAAGGAUUCCAAUUAGUGUGCUGUCGAAAAAGUUAGAAAUUGUGAACUUUAGCAAAAACGUAUGGUUAAACCUUUUCAGUGCGUGAAGCUCUCGGUGAAAAAAACAAAAUACAGAAGUUCAUGAUUGUGAGCGUUGUUCGUCGCCCAUGCUGGUAAUGGGUAAUCAUGCGUCAUAUACUCGUGGAAUUACGAAAUAAUUGCAGUUAGUUUUGUGCAAACUUUAAGAAUUUUCCGAACCCUACGGGAAUUAUUAGAAUCUUAACAAAACACGCUUUGCUAGUUUCAUUCUUCACCAUAAGAUUACAAAGAAAAAUAUAAGCCACCAGAAAAAGAAAAAGUACGUACAUUAUGUAUACGCCACGAGUAAAACGUCCAAAACAUAUUAGGGUGAAUUAAUUAUUUUUCAACGUAAACAUAUACCUGUCAGUCAUUCACUCUUUACGUUCCAAUCUCAGGAAAUGACGACAAUAUAUUUUUUUUACCAAUUUUGAAUGUUUAGGAGUACAUUGUGGAUUGUCACAAAGAUGUUCGUCCUCCCGCUUAUCUUACGAAACGUGAUGGUCAGAAAGUGGUGUUCGAUUUCUCUUCUAUCAUACCUGACGAAAAAGAAGGAGAAGAGUAAGUGAUGUUAGAUCUGACUAAUAUUUCAGAGUAACCUUUUUCAAAGUCCAUAUGAAACAAUGAACUUUGGUUAAACCACACACCUGAACUUCCCGUAACCACCCCUGUGGAUUCAUGUGCAUUGUGCCGCAUGUGGAAGAGAUCUUUAAAACCAUUUCCGAAUGAGUCAGAGACGAGAGAAAAAGCCCAAAAACAUGUUAAGUUCACCCGAACGAUCCUUAAAGUUUUACCAAAAACUUUUAAAACUUUUACUAUCAUAACGAAGCCAAGUAAAUGCCUCGCAAAAGAAAAAGAAAACAAACAAACAAACAAACAAACAAAAAACGAGGCAACAGAAGCAAAAAACCAGGCUAGGAGAUAAAAUAGAGAAAGGUGAAAUACAAUUCUACCUUCUGAGCAUGUCCGACUUCUAAACAAUGUUUUCGGCAGUUUUGGUUCUUUCAAUUCUCUAUGGAUCAUGACCAGAAAACGAAUCAACUAGCCCCAAGUACAUGUACAUGUUUUUUUUUUAGGUCCACUGUAACGCUUCAGCAAGAAAUUACUGCAGACCAGUGUGAUGUUUCUGGUACGUUUAAAGCGAUACAUUAAAUGGUAAAAACUAUCGAAUGACAGUGCUUUGUUGUUUUGUUGAAGGAGUAUACGUGCGCUUGAGCUGAGCGGUCACUUUCAUAAGAGCUCCGCGAACUAUUGAAUUUAGUUAAGAUUUUCUCGACUGGAACCCAAUGACCGAAGAGAAGAAACAGCAAAGACAGGAAAACCAAUCCUUAGGAAAUGAAAUUAGCAAAUUAAAACAUUUAGAAAAUUGGCGUUUUCAGUGUCAAAUUAAAUUUACAGUCAGUUGCAAAAAGUAGUAAAAAACCUUAUUCAAAACUAAACUACUAAAAAUUAUCCAACACUAGAUGAAUUAAAAUAAAAUAAUCUUGAAAAUAUUACAUAAAUCAAACUAAAGGGCCUAAAAUUCCCUCCGGGCAUAACCAUUGAAAGAUCAGGUGGCCUCGGUUAACCUCUUCCAUGAUCCUAUUCCAUGAUGCUGCUCUUCUAAAUGUAAUAUCUAAGUAAGUGAUCCUUCUAUCUGGUAUUAUGACUAUGGAUGUUAAAACGCUUAACUGUGGGCAUGGACUCAAGGUAACUUGCAGGAAGGGUCGAUUGAAUUUUAAAAGCUACGGUUACGUCACGAAGCUGUAACAUGACCCUUAAUGGAAGCCACCUAAGUCCUCUUACAGUUGUAGAAAUGAGAUAUUUUAUUUUGCCAGUUAGUAUCCCGGAGGCACAAUUCUGUAACAGCUGCACUUUUUGGAUAUUCUGUUGUUGUUUCGACCACGCAUUAGAACAGUAACACGAUUUACUGAACACUAAAGAGUUCAAGAUGACUAAAAGAACGUCUUUUCUGAAAAGAUGUCGUACACUGUUAAUUUGCCAAAGUUAAACGUUUAACAGUCGAGAUGAUAGAAAAUUUGAGUGAGCAUCAAAUGAGAAAUUACUGUCAAACCACAAGAUUAGAAGUUAUUUACUGCAUCAAAUGAGGACAAACUAUUUUUCUUUUAGAUCACUUGAUAACUAGUUCUAGUCCAAAACAAAGUAUCAGUGUAACAGUUUUGGAACCAGACUCCUGGCCAAAUGCAAAAGAUCUAAAAAUAGAUGACUCACAGUUCGAAGCCUUACAGUUGGCGCUUACGAAAGAGUUUGCGAUCAUUCAGGGGCCACCAGGCACUGGAAAGACUUACAUUGGACUGAAGGUAUGCAAUAAAAAAAAAGAAACAAGGACAUAAAAGUUGCCACUGAUAACUGACUGAUAGCACAUACCACAAAGAUAAAGCCUAUACAUAUAUAAAAAUAAGGAAACGAUUAUGAUGACAAGCUCCAUCUUGCCAAACUUAAGGUAAGCUGUGGUUAAUAUAUAAGUUUAUGCUAUCCUUUGGAUACAACAAAAAUAGGAAGAUAUACCUAUGUUUAAUCCUUUCAAUAGAAAGACUCAGAAAACACUUUCUAUAUAUGUUAUUUAGGAUCUAUUGUGCUUUCACAUUCCUUCGGAGCGAUUUUAUUAUUCCAGAAGGACUUAGUAAAGCAUGCCUGUUGCAUUGGUUCACCUAAAGACAAAGCAACCAAUUCCAUACCGGUCUGUAGAUGGGAAAGAUAACUUAAAUACGAAGUUCUUUUUUUUCUUCUUUCUUUCAUCCUUCCUUCUUUGUUUUAUUCAGGUUAGAGUUACAGAGUGCACUCAUUUGAUAAUUAUAAUUAUAAUUAUGAUGCAAGAGAUUUUUCGCCCGCCUUAAUUCUAAUACAGAUAGCCAAGGUUUUACUGCGCAACCAAACAGCUUGGUCUAGAAAUGGAAAGACUGGUCCUAUGCUUGUAGUUUGCUACACUAACCAUGCCCUAGAUCAGUUUCUGGAAGGCAUCCUGGAUUUUCAUCCAAAUGGAAUUAUCCGCGUUGGAGGGAGAAGUCAGAGCGAAAGGAUCAAAGAACAUAGUCUUUCUACAGUCAAGAAAGAGAUGAUACAGGUAGCUAUAACAACUGGGUUUUGUUUGUUUGUUGUUGUUUUUUAAGUUAAUACGUAUUUACGAUGAUCAACACUACAGUAUGUUUCCCAGUAUCCGGACACUUCAGUUUAACAUUGCAAUAACUUUCCUUUUUUAGUCGCAAGAACUCUGAAAUUUGGCCCAGAGAAAAUCUAUUCAGUACUUAAUAUGACGAAAGACAGUUUAACUUUUUUGCCUUUGUUUCCAUGGCGAAAUUAAUAUUUUUGCAGAGCUCCUAUGUUGCCCAGUAUCCGGACAGCUGGCGCAGUAUCCGGACACAACAAUAACAACGUAAUUGUACAUAACUUUCGACAGGCAAGGGACUUAUAAGCUUCUCUUGCACUUGUAAAGUAGUCUGGCAGUCGAUUCCAAAAAUAUAACCUAUAUAGCAUCGUGAAAUAAAAUAUAACAAAUGACAGGGGUAUGGUGGGGAUCGCGAGCGGUUGUUAAAUGGUAUAAUUCUUACUUCCUUGUCUAGGAAAUUUUUCGCUGAUUUAAGGAAGACAUCCGUGGACAUGCCGAAACCGAGGUUUGCUAGCUCAAUUAGCCUAUCUGCAAACGACUUUUUUUCUUCAUUAUUUAUUAAAAAAAAAAGCUUGGGGGAGGGACCUCAAUGCGACGGUCAAAGGUCACUCCCCUAUUUGGUCUGACCUGCAGUGUUGAUUUCUUCAUGCUCAGUCCCUACAGACCCUACAAUAAGCCUGCUUUUCUAGCCCUAAUUCCUCCUUCUUUCACAUCUCUCAAUCCCUUUGUGACAUUUUUCAGACCGUUGCAACCCCAUUCUAGCAAUCACAACUGGGGAAAGUAUGAGAAUUCCAAGUUCAACUCCGACGCUUUCGGUUAUAUAUUGAAAAUGCAGUCACGCUAAACAAGCGGCGCACAAGAAAUCAAGUCGCCUCCGAAUGAGUGAGGAAAAUUUCCGUACGUAGUUGAGUAGAAUUACAUUUUAUGACUAUAUCAUUCCUAAGCUUUAAUUAUAGUUAUAGAUAUGAAAUAAAUCUUAUCCGGAUAAUGUACGCAGCUAAUUGAUCGAUUCUGUACAGCAAAGAAAAAACUGUCCGGAUACUGGGCACCUGACAUCAAUACUUUGUGAAUGUUUCUGGGCUCCGUUAUUCCAAACAAAUCGAAUCUCAAGAAGAAUUAAUAAACUUUCUGAGAACCUGACUUCUUUAAGUAUCUUCAAUUUAAAUACAAAACCGUUUCUUUGAAAAUAUCACAUAUUACUUACCCUUUCUGAGCAGCACUAAUUUUACUGCGCAGUAAACACGCAUUUAUAAUCGGUACUUUACAAAUAAGUGGACUUGUCUUGCCGCAGAAGACGCUGACAAAGCGUUCGAAAGUUGAGCGGUUUUGGAAGUAGAUAAAGCCGAAAUGUUCAGCUUUCAUUCGAAAUACUUUGUUUACCGAUAACUGAAAAGGGCGCCUCAAAAAGUGAGUUUUUGUUUUAAGUGUCCGGAUACUGGUACCGUCCGGAUACUGGGCAACAUACUGUACACUUGGCAGGAAUGUGAAAAUCUCGUUUCAAGCAAGCAGCAUAUAGGUAUAGAUAUACACGUACCCAACUGCGGGGUUUUAACACUCCUAACACUUUUUUUUUUCGAAAUACGUUAGUCUGAUAAUUUCCAUCGUGUUUUAACUUAGAAGAGGAAGUUACCCAGAUCAGAAGACUUUGGUAAUAUCCGAAAGGAAAUGGAUGGAUUGUCCAAAAUCAUUAACGAUCACCACAGAAAGCUCGGGGAACUGAGAAGAAUUCUCUUCCUUGAGGAUGAGUUGAAAGGGCAUGCCAGUAGCAUGACGCCAAAGCAGUACGACUCGCUGGUUAGAAUGUCUUCCUCUUCCAUCGCACAAUUGCAAAGGGAACAGUCAGUGAUUCCAUUUUGGCUUGGUCUGCCUGUUCUGCCACCAGACCCUUAUCAAGAAGGUAAGCUUGAAAUUAAACACUUCAGCAUAUAUUGAGAAUUUCUUUGAUCGACUGAAUGUGGAGAUGUAAAUUUGCCACGCAGAAUAGACUUUGACUUUGCAGGCCAUCAUCUUUUUGUUUGCGGUCAGAAUAACGAUGUCCUCUCCGGAGUGACGUCUUUUCUUAAUUACUUGUUUAAAAUUAAAGUGAAAUAAUAAUGACUUACUACUUGAAACCACUCUAUUAUUCUCAAUAAUCGUGAAUUUCAAUCUGAUACUGAUUUUUCUUCGGACUGUUGGUGAUGUGAACAGAACCCUAAGUAACCCUGGUAUCUGCAGUCGUGUUUCUUCUUCGGCAUGACACUUUGCUCCAGAUGUUCUCUCACCAACGUACACCUUAGUUUCUACUGAAAUGGGGUUAGGGGCAGGCACGUUAUUCCUAUUGACACCAAAGAAAGGAACCCAAGUAAAAGAUCAAGGCAGUUUUAGAUGGGGAGAGUGUGACUAGGGUGUGUUCAUGCACAGCAGCCAGGCCAGUGUGCGGUGUAUUUUUUUUUACAGUUACUGAGUAGAAAUUAUACCUCCCCUGUUAUUUGUUUUAGGAUAUUGCAAACCUCGUGCAAUGUUUCCUUUCAACGACGAGUGCCGGGAUUUAGAGUAUUUUUCGCAAGAUCGCUUGGCCUCUAUAUCGCAAAAUAUCCAGUCCGCACAAGGUCCCGAUGGAAGCAAAGGAGGAUCAUUACAAUUAACUGGGGAGGUGGAUUCAUUCAUUGAGAUACCAAACGAUGGUCUACUAGAUGCCACGAGAUCACUCACAGUGCUUGCAUUUGUUUAUCCAAUUGGAAAAGGAGGACCAAUUAUUUGCUAUGACAAAAGUGGCCUGGGUGUUCAGCUUUGUUAUAAUGGCGUAACUUCUGAAGAGGGGGUCCUGAGAGCUUCCUUCAUCCGGAGGGAUCUUCUAGAAAUAAGUUACCCACUUGAGGCACAAGUGUUGAGAUUGAAUGAAUGGAACUUCGUGGGGACCUCGUACGAUUACAAUUCUGGAAUGGCCCGCCUGUGGCACAAUGGAGAUGAAGUGAAAACCGUUUACAUCGGGGAAAAUCUUGAGCUGGCCACGCAGUUCCCGAUCAGAAUAGGGGCUGUAAAUAACCCUUUCAAGGGUAAUUAUUUCAAAGGAAGAAUUUCCCUCUUGCAUAUAUAUGCAGAUGCACUAACUGCUGAAAACAUUCGAGCAGUUGGAGGAAUUAGAAAUGGUUAGUACCUCAAGGACGUAACCGUUUACUUCGGCUUAAUUGCCUGAUUGGAUUUUGACCUUACAUUUUGACCAUAGGUUUUCUUUAUUCCUUGAUUGCAAGAGGAUUCUCAGUAUUUUGUUAACAUGAUUAAAUGCCACUCUCGGGGGCAAUUUUUGCCAAAUUCAGCUUUACUAAAAUAUGACCCUCUAAAAGCUUGUUUUUUUACAUCAGUUAUUGAGAAAAAUGAAUAUAGACCAUAAAAGUAAGCAAUUAAAACCAGUCCAUGGAUUAUUCAUGUGUACACUCCUUCUAGAAACGCUUCAUAAACGGUAGCAGUAUAACCGAUAUUGCAAUUUUGAAUCCCUUUGGGGAGGUAAUUUUAAGCUGUUCUGUUCUCUGUACUCUUUAACAGCGAAUGCUGAAGGAAAAAAUGCAGACGCACAAUUACAGGAAGGGAUAUAUGAAGGUGAGGCAGUCCCUCAAGAAGAAGCACGAACAGAGAGUGGAGAAGAAAGGAAGCAGAUAGCAUGCGAUAAAGCCGCACAGAGAGAAGACGACAAAAAUCAAGAAGAGGUAGAGGAGGAUGAAGAAACAAAUGAAGAUGGGAGGGGAAUUGAAAAGUUUAAAGCAAAAGAAAAGGCCCGUGAAACAAAGAAAGAAGGUUUAGAUCAGGGAAAUAAGAAACGACAGGGUGACGAUGGCGAUGGCGAUGAAAUGGAGAACGAAAACGAAAAUUCAGUAAAAGAUGACGUUAACUCAAAACUGCCAACAGGAGUACAAUUAAAAGAAAAGGCAAAUGCGAUAGAGACAGAAGGAUCCGAAUGUGGAAAAGACGAAAGGAAAGAAGGGGAUGACCAACCUUGGAAAUCCCUUGGUUUUCAAUUUGAUGCUAGUAUCAUGGAAGACAACAGGAUUCUUGACACUGACGAAAUCAUUAGGUUUGAUACCAGUUCCCCUUUGGGUGAAGCGACAGCGCACGAUCUCUGUUUCAAUGUGGAGAGAAAUGAAGGUGUCAGUAAAAGUGGAGGCUGGCAGUUUCAAAAUGUAAGAGAGAUUAGAAAAAAGAUCAAAAACUUAACCGAAAGAAAGCUAAGACAAGAAGACAUGAUGAAUGAGAAAGAAGCUGCCGAGGUAACUUGUGAAUGAAGUUUUUAGUAUUAUCUGCUGGAAUCAUUACUUUCUGCAUGUAAUUACUUCUAUCUACAAUUGUAGGUAUAUGUUAUCCUUUUGGCAUGUUAAGGUUAGCUGAUUGUCAUACCAUACCACACUUGCUCCAUAAAUUAGGUUUGUGAUGUCUGGAUUUUGCCAGAAGAAGACCGCUGGCGUCUGUAUCGUAGAUGGGCAUACGAUGCUCGUGAGAACUGUUACGAGGUUAUUUCGGAUUUUGAAGAAAUAUUUGAUGGCAAAGCAAAUGAACUCCAAGAUCUUAGAAAUGAAGAGGAUCUCCAAAUUCUUCGCAAAAAAGAUGUCAUUGGAAUGACCACCACAGGUAACUGUAGUACAGAAUUACUCACAGUCUAAGACAAUUUAAAACAUUACAAAAGUUAACAACACGCUCUGAUUGGCGUCAAUGUGUCCAAGGCCAGUUCCCGCUCAUCGCACGUCAAAUCAAAGCACACGUUAAUUUAGGGACCGUGCAUUAUUUAUGGCCUGGAGUUGGUCGACGGGGUAUAAUAGCACCCUCUCAUCCUUUUUCCAUUUGCAAUCAAAUUAAUGUGGCUUACAACGGUUUGCCCUAUUUUUUAGUACGUUUCCUUUGAUAGCUUACUGAAAGAUAAAAUAUUUUUUCACUUUACAAUUAGUCAUCAAUUUAAUGUCAUUAUUAUAGAAUCCUCUUAAAAAGCUCUAAGUAGAGUAUUGAUCCAUUAAGUAAAUUGCACAAUAAUAUUUCCACGAGCACAUUAACAUUGUCGAAGGAAUUAGUUUUUUUUAACAAAUUAUUAAUAGGUGACAGGUCAAUGAAAUUGCUUAGCAUUUUGUUUUCACUGAGGCUAAACUAACUUUUGUUUUCAUGUAAGCGAAGUAACAUUGUAUCCUCCAACUUAUUUUUGGGUUUAAAUUUUUUUUUAAUAUACUCCAAUUUGCCUUUUUAUACUACCAGUUAGUAACUUUUACACUGAUAGUCUUGGUAGUAAUGAAAUUAUAUUAUUUAGGCUCAUAUUGUGUUCGUCAUUUAUAAUGUUGUAGAAGAAACAUUUGGUGGUUUUCACUCAUUUAAGGUUAAUUCAAGUCAACGCUUUGUCUUAAACGUGAGCUCCGUUUUUAUGCUUGUCUAAAUUUACAGUCAUUUUUGAAAUUUAAACAAAAAGACAGAACGUGUAAAGCGCAUCGCACUUCUCGGUUAAAAAAUAAACUAGAAUUCUGUUUCGUAACUUUGAAUUUAGCCUUGAAGGGUUUACUUUUUUAUUAAGGUGCUGCAAGAUAUCACAGCUUGUUACAAAAGCUGCAGCCAGCGGUUACCAUCGUCGAGGAAGCCGCUGAGGUAUUUGAAGCGCAUACUGUCACCGCCUUAACACCUGGAUGCCAGCAACUAAUUCUAAUUGGUGAUCAUCAACAACUUCGUCCCAGUCCCACAGUCUAUAAACUCGCCAAAGAUUACAACUUGGAUGUGUCACUGUUUGAAAGAAUGAUAGAGAACAAUCUGGAGUAUAAACGACUGUGUCUACAGCACCGUAUGCGCCCGGAAAUUGCCAAGAUGCUAGACCACAUAUACGUCAACCCCAGACUGCAAAAUGAUAAAUCUGUAUUGGCUUUUGAAGACAUUAAGGGAGUGGAGCGAAAUUUAUUUUUUGUAGAUCAUAACGAGGAAGAGGUACAAUGAAAUAAUGUAGUUACGGUCCCCUACAUUUUCAUAAGGUGGAAUAAAGGUAACAAUGUAUCCGUCUUACGCAAGUGAAAUAAUUUCUCAAAAGUAGAAUUCAGGUAGAAUUUUUUUGCGCACUUUAUUAAUUUGUAGUAAAGCCGACUUCCGUCCACCAAAUUUAACCUCCCAGGGAAUUUUUUUGGUCAAUGAGAUUGUGAGAGUACCCUCUUUACGAAGGCGUGUAAGUUAACUGAGUAGUUUGUUCUAAAAGUGUAAGGUCUUACCUUCAGCUAACCUGUGAUCGGCCUUAUUUUUUUUGGGGGGGGGGGGGGGGGGGGGGGGGGGGGGGGGGAUGGUUGGGCGCUCAGGAUGGGGGGGUUCUGGUUUGACGUUGUUGUUUUUUGUUAAGAUAUUGUGCAGAUCAAUUUGUUGGUAGUUGUUAUGUGGUGGCUCUGGUGGUGGGAUUAUGUUGUUUUUGGUGGUGGGGGGGGGGGGGUGGAGGGGGCGGGGGGGAGGAGAGUGGAAAAAGAGAACGCCUGAUUCAUUUACUUCACAAGUAGUCUGCCGCCCCCUAAAAUUAAAGAAUCUGUCAGCAUUUGUGUUAUCGUGUCAUAUUUUACCCGAAAUUCAAGCGGUCUACUCUCCAGAUUUCCAGGCAAGCGGUGAAUGUUAAGUUGAUACAGUAGUCGUUAGCGGACACGUCGAAUAUUUUAAGGACCAAGUUAACACUGCUGUUAUUGCGAAUCUUCCCUAAUCGUUGCCGUGAGGUACGAUAAACCGUCAAGUUAACUAAAUUAAUAAUUCAUUGAAAACAAUAGUGGAGUACCGGAAUUCUGUAUUUUACUGGAAGUGGUCAAAAGUAUAGCAAUUCAUUCUGUGGAAACAAAUCUUUCAUGACUUUUCAUCAGUUCGCAAAACUGCGGGUUUAAAAUCGUCAAUAAUUAUUUUUUACACACUUUCACGCAGUUGAACUCGAUCGGAAAUCAAAGACAACAAUUCUGCCUAGUACGAGCAAGAAAGCGUUGAAGAAGAAAUAGUGGAUAUCCUUACAAGUGACAAAUCAUAUCUCGUCCUCAUCUCAGCUGUCAAGGUUUUUCUCUGUUCAAUGUUGACUUGAUUCACUAAAAAAAUUGAUAUUUUUUCUUAAAACCUGAGCUUACUGUUAAUAGAAUUGCUCGAUCAUCUUGUGAUUUCUGUCAUGAAGAGAUGAAGGUGACAUAACCUUUCUAAUAGCUCCAAACGUCAGAUAUGUUGCUUGACCAAUCGGUGCAGGGUUCCGAAGAAUCUUUUGUUUUUCGACCAAUCAGACAAAAGUCUAGAUUCUGUACUAUGGGCAGACGACGCGUAGCUAUGGGCAGACCCUCGUCUUCCAAACAAAAAGGGAAGAAAGACACCUGAUUUUUUUCGUGCAUGUUUUAAAGUGCAAAUUGCAAAUAGUUCUUUUCAACCAUAUGAAAGCAGUUACAUGAACUGCCUUGCAAGAAAGAAAUAACAAAAGCACGUAGAGAAUACCUUGAUAUAUCGGUUAAUUUACUUUGCUUUUUAAAAGCACGAAAGAGCCUUAUCAUGCCAACACUUGACUCUGACCUACGCUUGCCCUUUGCAGGAGCUAGUACGUGAAGGGAGAAGCAAGUCCAAUGAUCACGAAGCCAAAUUCCUAGCAGCUCUGUGCCGUUACCUCAUUCAGCAAGGUUAUAAGAGAGAGCAGAUCACGAUUCUGACAGCCUACAGUGGUCAGCUUCUCACACUUAAAAACGAAAUGUCAAACGACGAAGCAUGUUUUGGGGGAGUGCACGCGACAGUAGUUGAUAACUUUCAAGGGGAAGAAAACGACAUAAUUCUUCUAUCACUUGUUCGGAGUAACAAGAUUGGGUUUCUCAAGAUAGCAAACAGGGUGUGCGUUGCUUUGUCUCGAGCUCGAAAGGGUUUCUACAUCAUUGGAAAUGCAUCGCUUUUGGAUGAAAAUGACCCCGACCUCUGGAGAAAAAUCUUAACAGAUAUGCAGGAACAAGGAAAUCUUGGGAGAGAAUUGAAACUUGUGUGUCAGAAUCACCCUCAAAAUGUACUUUUUGCUUCAAGUGCCACACAUUUCAAUGGUGCGCCACUUGGGGGCUGCAUGGAACCAUGCCAGAAGCGCAUGCCCGACUGUGAACACACCUGUCCAUUUCUGUGUCAUCCAAUAGAUGUGGAUCACAAGGAGGAAUUCGCGUGCCGCCAGCCAUGUACCAAGAUUAUCUGCGAACGUGGGCAUAGAUGUCCAAAGACCUGCAGUGAAGAGUGUGGCCCAUGUAUGGUCUAUGUGCCAAAACGUAUUCCAAGCUGUGGACAUGAACAGAAUGUUCCAUGUUCUUUGGAUCCUUCCAAAUUCAAGUGCACACAGGUGGUAUCAAAGCAGGCCUAUCCCUGUGGUCAUUUUCAAGAUCAAGUGCUGUGUUCAGUGUCUCCUAGCGACAUUUCAUGCAAGAAACCAUGUGGUCUGCUCGAGUGUGGUCAUCCUUGCCAAGGUAUAUUAAUUAAAAAAUUACUUAAAGAAAUUUAAUGAGGGUCACAAUUAUCCCUGGCUAAAGGAGGAGGAAGGUUUGAUGUGAUACAUAACUACGCGAUGGUCACAUAUGGUGAUAAUGGCAGAUUGGUAAUAUUCUGUAUCAAAAUGUAUCUAUUACUUUUUAACUUUAACUAAUUCUUCAUAUUCGCAAUUCAACUUUAUGAAAGCAAACAAAUAAUUGGGUUUAAUUUGAUUUUAACAUAAGAGGGAAACUAGAAACUAGCGCCUUAAGUUUCCAAGAUAAGUGGACGUAAACACAACAGCAUCGGAGCUUAUUUUUUAAAAGUAAUUCUUUGUCUUGCUUUCAAUGAUCUUAUCAGGUACUUUAGCUCAAAGGUAACUUUAAGGCUGGGCCUUUUGGAGCGAUUACACAAUAGCCUAACUACGGAAUUAGCAAACAAAAUCUGUCUAUAUGGUACAACCGAUCAUAAGUGACUGUGACACUAGUUUCUCCUUAUUGGGAAUUGAAAACAGAGAGCCUCUAGAACGGCUUCAGCGACGAGUUGCGAGGAGCAUAUACGGUUUUUAGCCGCACAAACUGGUUCAAACCUUACGAAAUUGGGUUGCAAUUUUUCAAGAAUGUUUAAAAGGAUAUUUUACGGUAGGCUACCACCCAGGUUGCGGACCCAUACGCCACAUGCACACGGUCUUGAAAUACUGAGAUUAUGCAACGUAAUUGUAAUCUUGGAGUAGCAAAGAUUUGUUUUUUGGUUUCAUGGUGCACUCUUGACAUUGCACUACCUGGAAUUUUUCAGGCUCUGGCUCCUUAAGAUCGUGUGAACGCAAUUACUGCUUUUUAUCUUUUUUUUUCUUCUGUUAUGGACAUUUUGAUGUAUAGAGGAUAAUUUUUUUCUUUAUGAGGAUCUUUUCUUUUUUUAUCAUUUCAAUUAGGAUCCUUUUUCUGUAAAUUUUGGAAUACACGUAUUCCUUUAAAUGUACUUUUCAGGGCCGCCUUUGAUAGCGGUCUAAUGACUGAAGAGGUUACCCUUUCAAAAUAUCGGUCUUAAUUAUAAUAUUACUACUUGAAGACAGUGCUUUCUUGAUGUCUUUAAUUUAGAGGUCCUGUCAAAGGCUUUAGCUUAAGAAUUGUGCUCGAACUUGUCCACAAAUCACUGGAACACUAAGUGUUCUUUAUUCCAAUUACAUGUGUCAUAGUCUUUGCAGUCUCUUAGUGCUUGUUAUAUCUAAGUUCUAUUCAAGUCCUCUUCUCGUGAGCUUGUCUUCGUUUAUACGAUGCGACAGUUUAACCGUUUGCCGAAAUAAAAAUACUCAGAAGAAACAGUUACAAUCUCUUCCAUCGGUAUUAUUUAAGACAAGGAAAUAUAUCAGAAUAUUAUUUAUAAAAUAGCUAAGAUAGUGCGCGCGUUCUGAUUGGUUAAAACCUAUGGUUUAUUGUGCCGGUAAAUUCAUAGAAAACUUAAAGUUAUAUAAAAGCAAUAGACCAUACUUUCUAUGGGUUUACCGGCGUGAUAACCCACGCGGGAUGUUAAGAGAACACGAGAAAAGGUUGUAAAUCACUCGCCUUUGGUUCGUGAUUUAUAAGCUUUCCUCAUGUGCUCCCAACAUCCUGCGUGGGUUAUCACGCCGGUAAACUCAUAGAAAGUGUGGUCGGUUGCUCAAGUAACCCAGGGUAUGAGACCACACAGUGUAAACUCGCCUAAGAAAGCUAUCUCCGCAAUGCGUACAGUUUGACGGGCCCUUCAUUUUUGACCACAAUUGUGAACUGAAGCACAAACUACCAACUCCGCGGUUUGGCCAGUACCUUACGCAUGUGCACAGCCAUAUCACCCCGGCAUCAAGGACGAAACAGCUGUCCAUGGCUGCCACUGCCGGGGUCAGGGGCGGAUCUAGGGGGAGGGUACAGGGGAUGCGCCCCCCCCCCCCCCCCCCGGNAAGGAGAAACAGCCGGCCCUGGGCCCCCCCCGCGGGGGCCGGGGGGGGAUUAGGGGGGGGGGACAGGGGGUGCGCCCCCCCCCCCCCCCUGAGAUGACCUGCGGUUUUCUAAUACAACCGGUAUUCUAGGAAAAAAAAACUAUGUGGUUCAUUGGUGUUGAAGUAGAGCAAGAGACGAGUGCACCCCCUCCUAAAAAAAAUCCUGGAUCCGCCCCUGGGGUGAGAUGGUAGUGUGUGCUUCAGUUCAUAAUUGUGGUGUUACUUCAUUUUCUCCUCACUUCUAUCAAGUUAUAGAAGCAACAAAAUUUACAAAUUUCCUCGCCUUAACUUAUCGCUAAGACAUCAAGCACGUGAUCUUUCAACCCAUUUCAUAAAUUUCGUUUUCCAGUUCCCUACCUUUCCCAUUUUUAAGAAUAAGGAGGAGAUAAUCAUGUUAAUCAGUUCUGGAGAAGAGAGGCGCUUAACAUUAACUGAAAUUUUUCCAAAAUUUUGACGGACAAUUUCCUCACAUCCAUGAUGGCAAUGUCAAAAUAUCUAGAUGAUACUAUUUCCACUUUUCUCCACAGGUAACUGCAGUUCUUGUGAACAAGGACGACUACAUUUGUCCUGCAACUCUCUAUGCAGCCGCACCUUGUUUUGCGGCCAUAGCUGUAAGGAUCUUUGCAUUAAGGAAUGUCCGCCAUGUUACGAGCCUUGUAAGCUUUGUGGUCAUCCUUGUCAGCAUCCCACAAACGAACACGAACGCCAGUUGUAUUGCACACGUCUUAAAUGUACGGAACUUUGUGAAAAUCCUUGCAAGAAGCAAAAAAGCGAUCAGCCAUGUCAAAAACAACUAUCCUGUGGACAAAUUGGUACUGAAAAUUUUACUGAGCCUUCCACUAAGUUGUGCCAAGUCUGCAACAAAAAUGCUGACGUGGUAAGGGAGGAUGAAGCUGGGGCUAUGUUUGUAGAACUGAUAGACUGUGGCCAUGUUAUUGAGAGAAAGGAACUGAAUCUAUGGAUGACCAAAUAUGAAGGUAGCCAGGAUGAGAAUAAGGAUAUUGAAAUCAAGCAACGGCGGUGUCCGAAGUGUAGUACGCCUAUUUUCUGCAACCUAUGUAAUGCAAACAUCGUAAGCAACGCUAUCGCUGAUUUUGAAGCUGUAAAGCGUCGGAUUUUUCUCUCGAACGUAGUAAGCAAGCAACAGUUAGAGAAACUUCAAAAGCUCAAAGACUCAGAGCUUCAAAAACUCAAAGACUUUGGAAUAAACAUCGGGGAAGGAUUAAGAGAAACUAUUGGCAGCAGGCCUGUCACGACUGAGCAGCUAACCACGUACCAAAAUCAAGUCACCUUCCUCUCGUUUCUUGGCAAGGUUUGGAAAAAAUAUGGUGAUGCAAUUGAGGAAAAAGAGCAACUACACUUGCGCAUAUAUCUUCUUGCUUCGCGAGUUGUGGGAGAAAGAGUUUGCUUUAGUGAACAGGAAAUCAAGGAAUUUACUGAGGAACUUUUAAGAACGGAGCUGCUCGCCCAUUUGAAAUGGUUGACGACUGCACUAGGAGGCGGAGCUAUCACCCUCAUCCCUGAGGACAGUGAGAGGAUUGAAGCUAUAAAGAAUGCAUUGGAGUCAGGAAAAACAAUUGGUAACUGCAACGUUUUCCUAUCUUUUCUUGGCAGCAGUAUAUAGUGGUACUGGUACUGGUGGUGGUGAUAAAAGAGAAAAACAAUAGAAAUGUAGAGAAGCAAAAAAGGGAGGAAUGAAAAUGAAAAAAUAUUUUUGGUGAAAGAAAGAGCUAGUUUGCCUUCAUCCUCAUUAAAUAUGCCCGAUUUUCUAGCCAAGAAUCCGUGAGUAAACCGGACCUUUAACAGGACAAUGAAAGCGGCAGGAGAUAGAACGUGCAUAAUAACGUGAAGACUAAGUGAUUUUAAGUCACAGGCGACUAUUCCUUCUGUAAAAUCAUUCAUAUUCUUACUUCCCGUUCGGGCAAACCCAAGCAGGUCGUUUAUUCCUAUUGUAUUAGAAAUACACAAAAGGGAAGAUAAUGAAACUCCAACACAUUUUAUUUUUGAGUUUAAGACAAAAGGCUUUGACAUCAUUGGCACCGAUGUAUUUUUUCAGCAACAUAAUGAGAUUCCCCCGCCCAAAAAGGUUAAUUCAGUUCCUAAUAUACUACUCAAGGCACUGACCAAUACCGGCACGUAUUCUGAUAAGAGCUAACGCAAUAUUUCUUUCACCGAAACUACCAAAGGGACCUAAAUUUUCAGAAACUGCAUUUUUUGUCAUUGUUAGAUCGCCAAAGAAGGAAACAGUUUAUCGAUGAUGUCAACAAAAUACAUGCACAGCUGUUGAGUGGGUUUAACAGCAAAGGAAAGAUGGUUGACUCCGAGUCGAGCUUGAAAGAAAAGAUUGUUAGGAGAAAAAAUCUCACUGAAGGACCAUGGUUCAAAUGCGUUAAAGGUAGAACUGCAUGUAUACUUUGGAAAGCCUCAAAUGAAAUAGCGACAUACUAUGUAAAAUAUACGGUUAACUUGUUCAAGAUUCGAACAGUUGGUAACCGAUGAACGUUUAACUUAGUGUGAUGUAGCCGUAGUUGUAGUUAUCAAAGCUCUUCAGUGUUUCCCCUAUUUUCAUUUUAAACUGUGAGGAAUUAUGACUGCACGGAAAAACCAAAAUUCCUUCCCAUGUAUGAAGUUUAAAACUAGAUUCUUUUGAGAGUAAAGGGUUUCCUUCCAUAAACUUCACUUAACUCUGGUUGUCCUCGUUUUGGUGGAAAAUGUUUUUUUCCCUCCUUUUUCAGUUUAUUCUCUCAGCAGAACUCUCUUUUGUUCGCAUUUCAUUGUAAUUGUUGAAGCAGCAGACUUAAAAUAAAUCUACAUGAAUUCAUGAGUUAUCCCCUUUUAAUAAAUGUAUUUAUCAUGGGUUAUGUAACCUUUUCUUUGGGGUGUUACAUGGUAUGCUGUUCUGUUGCUUCAUUAGCGGUAGGCUAUAUAUUUGAGUUGUUCUCAUUUAUAUUCAUUCGCGUCUUACGACCGUCCCUACGCCCUCAAAAUUAAAUACCCAGUGACCAGGGGUUUCUCUUAGACGUAGUUUUUUGCAUGCUGCUAUAUGAAAAGUUUAGCACGUUUUGUAUGAAUCAUUGUUAUACGAGCAUAGUUUAGAUCAUUUUGUUGGCUUGUUUUUCUUGCUGUAAUUUUUUACAUUUCCGAGUUUUCAUUCUGUUUGUUGUAUUAUUUCCAUCCAUUCUGUUGAUGAAGGCAUAAUAAAGAGGGUCGCACACGGCUCGUGUUGACACACCCCAAUUAAGGUUGCUUGUUACAUGAUAAAUGUUUUAUAUUCGUUUGAGCGGGGUAGCGAAUUAGAAUAUAAUAUAUUAAAUGAUCCUCCUGUCUUUUUUUCCCUCUCGCACAGCUCACAGAUAUUCUGCCGCUGAGCGCAUUGAUGGAGAAGGCAAUAUUAAGUGCCCAGAAUGUCAUGCAGAAGCUAAAGGGACUGCUGCCAAGUCACAGGUAGCGGUAUAA